CAAUCCCUUCCCAAACAAAACAUAACAACAACAAUAAUAAUCACAAAUAUCUCGCACCAAAACCCAAAUAACCCACCUGCUUCCCCAUGCCUUAUUCAUCAUCAUCAUCAUCAAUGGCUAGCAAAUUGGCUUUCACUUUGAUGCCUCCUCGUUUCUUCACUGCGACUAUUCAAAAACCCGUGGUUUGUUUCUCUUCCUCUUCUUCUUCUUCUUCUUCUUCUUCUUCUUCUUCUACCAGGGUUCAACCCAGUGGGAAGCAUCUAUGUUUUCGACGCCGAUUGCUCUUACUACCCCUCAAGGCUACUGCCGAUCAACAAGGUCAGGUCGAAGGAGAUGAAGUUGUUGAUAGUAAAAUUCUGCCUUACUGUAGCAUAGACAAGAAAGAGAAGAAGUCUUUGGGUGAAAUGGAACAAGAGUUUCUUCAGGCCCUACAAGCAUUCUAUUACGAGGGAAAAGCUAUAAUGUCAAACGAGGAGUUCGAUAAUCUCAAGGAAGAACUAAUGUGGGAAGGAAGUAGUGUUGUCAUGCUAAGCUCUGAUGAACAGAAGUUUCUAGAAGCCUCAAUGGCUUAUGUAUCUGGGAAACCAAUUUUGAGUGACGAAGAAUUUGAUGAGUUGAAGAUGAGGCUAAAGAUGGAAGGAAGUGAGAUUGUGGUUGAGGGUCCACGAUGCAGUCUCCGAAGUAGAAAGGUUUACAGUGACCUAUCUGUUGACUAUCUCAAGAUGUUCCUCUUAAACGUCCCAGCGACUGUAGUUGCACUAGGAUUGUUUUUCUUCCUAGAUGAUCUCACCGGAUUCGAAAUCACAUACCUUUUGGAGCUCCCAGAACCAUUCAGUUUCAUUUUCACUUGGUUUGCUGCCGUGCCCUUGAUAGUUUAUUUAGCACAAUCCCUUACAAAAGUGGUUGUGAAAGACUCUUUGAUCCUAAAGGGCCCUUGCCCAAACUGUGGUACUGAGAACGUCUCCUUCUUUGGCACCAUACUAUCAAUUUCCAGUGGUGGAACCACCAACACUCUUAAAUGUUCAAAUUGUGAAACCACGUUGGAGUAUAAUGCGAAAACGAGGUUGAUUACAUUGCCAGAAGGAAGCCAAGCUUGAUUGCAGGAGAAAGUACUUCCAGAGAUCAACAUCAAGAAUGCUACUGACUCAUAAAGUUGGAGUGAAGAGUGUGAUGUAUGUUGUAAACCUAGUGGGUUAUGAUGUGCAGCUAAGUAGGAAAUUUUGAUUAAGUGCUGCAUUGUAAAACAUGUAUCUGUUGUGUUUUUUUAUGUGGAACACUCUAUUUGUAAUUAAACAUGUAAUAUAUAUACAUAUUUAUACCUAAA